ACCUUCCCUGGCCUAUUUGCCGGAACUGAUAUGCAUAAGCUAUAUAUCAAUAACCAUGUAUAACUCCGUACUUACCUUUUUAUGGAAGCACGAACUUUUUUCUAAUUAAUUUUAAUGGGUUAUAUUGUUUUUAUUUUAAGUUAUAAUUUAAUUUUUUUACCGAUAAAUCAUAUUAAUUGUGCUUUUAAAAUAACAUCCACUUUGAUAUAUUUUGGAACAAAACAAAUUGAGACAUUAAUUACUAGGGGUGGGCAACGGGAAACGGGUAUUUGGGUAUACCCGUACCCGUCCCGUUUUUUAAGGGUUACGGGUACCCAUAUUACCCGUAAUAUUUUAAAUGGAUGGGACUUGGGAUUGUACAGUCCUAAUAUGGGUACCCGCGGGUUACCCGCGAAUACCCAUUUGGGUAAUAUGGGUACCCGUUGUACCCAUUCAAAUUACAAAGACAUAUAAUUCAGCCCAUGCGCCCAGGCCCAACCCAAUUCAAAAUCCAUUAAAAUUACAAAAUCCAUUUAAUUCAGCCCGUGAGAGUUGAGACGCUGACGCACCCCUAGGUCCUAGAAGAUGCGAGACACGCGACGGCAGGCGGCAGCUUCUCUGGAAUUUGGAAAGGUCUGUCUCUGUCUUGUGUCUUGUCCCUGGCUGGAGGAGUCGUCUUCGCGGGUAAGUUGCACUUUCCAGGAAGCAGAACUUGUUCUCUUUCUGGGUUUUAUUAUUUGGUCCUUUCCCCUUCCUUGAUUCCUUUUCAUCUUCAUCAUCAUGCCUUCUUUGGGUUGUAGGAAUUGGUGUAAGUUGCUACUUGUGCAGCCAUUUUGUGUUUUGAAAUGAAUGCUUUGGAUGUAAUUGACUAAUUGUCUUUAGGUAAAAUGUAAUUGACUAAACGGGUAACGGGUACCCGUUUCCCAUAUGGGUUUGGGAUAUGGGAUGGACUUUGGUCUCCAAAUGGGACUGGGUACCCGUUUAAAACGGGACGGGUAUCCCGUCCCGUCCCGUUUCCCACCCCUAUUAAUUACUAGUUCAUACCAUAUAUGGUGGUAAUCGUUUGGUAGUACAUGAAAUUAUACCAUGUGAUAUGAAAGUGUACCAUGAUAGUAUGAAUAUAUCAUAAUGCAUAAUGGUUGUAUACAUGAUAGUAGUAAUAUAUUAACUACCACCUUUCAUCACCAUCUAUCGCCAGUUACCAUCUUACAGAAGGGUGGUAUAUUUGGUCCAUAAAUUUGUAGAUCCAAAAUAUCACUCUGAACAUAUUCCUUCUGGGUAAAUUUUUUCAAAAUUUAACUGAAAACGAGGGUGGUAAAGAGCGAUACCAGGGUGAUAACAAGUGGUAUGAGAGUGACGAAAAACAUUUCUCGAAAUAAAUCAAAAAAUGGAUAUCAUCUUGUAGAUUACAAAUAACUCGUUUCAUCUAUGAUAAAAAAAAAUCAAAUCCAAGUUAAAAAACAAUUAAAAAUAUGAACAUAAAAUACACUUUAAUCUCGCCACCUUAGAUUUUAACCCACUCAAAAUUAAGAGAUGGGAUCUAGUUGUGAAAAUGUCACUACAAAAAUGACAGAUAGUCCUGACAAGAACUAACUGACGACACUAAAUUUUUAUCAGAAAAAUUAUUUUUUCUGAUGAAAACCCUAUGUCAUUAGUAAUAUCUACCUUUUUACCGACCACAUUCAAAUCUUGUCAGUAAUUAUGAGAUUUUCUGUCAAUAUUGGUCACUUUUUAGAGGAUGGAAUUACAAACAGUCAUUAUUUGUGACGACUAUAUUUUUUGCGUCAAUAAUAUUCAGUAAUAUUGACGAAGAAGAAUUCACCAUCGAGAAAAUCGUUAUUAUUAAUUGUGAACAACUAUUUGUCAAAACAAAAAGCUUAUCUAUAAUGAAAUCGUAUUGUCGUUGGUAGAAAAUAUCAUAUUAUUAACAAGGCAUCAAGUCAACGGAAAAUAUUGAUUACCACAAACGACAACGAGACAACCAUAACCAUAAUUCUAGAAUCCUCCAUUUAAAAGCAACAUUAUUUUUUUCGUUGAAUAACAUCAAUUUAUUUUCCUCUUCUUGUUUAGUAUCUAAUUAAAAGAGCUCUCCUUCUAUUACAUAGAUAUACACCUAGAGACACCCAUAACCCAUAAUCCUUUAAUCUCGCUACAAGAAAACAUAGGUUUAGAGUCGGUUAUUUCUUACCAACACCAAAAAAAAAUAGUGUCGGUUCAUUUAACCGACGCGAAAACGGUCGACACUAAACGAAUUCAUGGUGGUCCUAUUUUUGACAACCACUGGAAUAAUCGACGUAAAUCAUAUUUAGCGUUGGUUUUAACCGAAACAAAUCUUUUUUCUAGAAGAAUCAAUUUUGAAUUAAAUUUAUUUAUUUGUGUAAGUUUUAACCGAGUCUAAAUAACCGACUCAGAUCAUAAUAAAAAAAAAUCGACUCUUCACCGGACCAAACUUGCCGCGAACAUGGUCUACAAUCCCAGAAUGCGGCUGCUCUUCCCAAACAUAGCAAAACCAAAAUAAAUCUCAUUUUUUCUGUCACCGAACAAGAAACCCCCAAACUAGGGGUGGACAUCGGUUCGGUUCGAUCAAAAUCAAACCAAACAGGAGAAUACCGAGUCCUCUGAACAUGCCAAAGGUGAACCCUAAUUAUAACCGUAAUAUAUUUCGGUUCGGGCUGGCCGAGCCGAAAUAUAUCCCGGUUCGGUUCCCGACCAGUCCGAACUUCUAGAGAAAACGGCCCUUCCCCACUUUCCCAAUUCCUCUUCAAUCUGCUGUCUCUUUAGCUACUCUCUCUCGCUCUCAAACUUUCCCACUUUCCCAUCACCCCUCCCUCUGCUGCUCUCUCUCUCUCUCCCAAACAAACUUUCCCUUCACCACUUUCGUCAUCUUCUUCCACCCCUCCCUCUGCUUUCUAUCCCUCCCCAAACAAACUCUCGCCUAAACAUAAAAAUAACCCAAAACCCAAACAAAAUUCGAUUUCAGAGGAAAGAGAGAAAAAGAGAGGUAGAGAUCUCAAAGGUGCGAUUUUUAGAGGGAGAACGAAGGAGGAAUGGUAGAUAUAUUCUUCGGAGGGGGGUACAGAAUGAUGGUAUGUCGCGGAUCCGCCCUCUCCAAGCACUCUACCGCCCAGAGCACUCCGGCGCCGACUCGUCUGUUUAAUCCAAGCCCUCUACUCACAGGGGAAAAUGGUGGGUAUCAGCUCUUCCUCUCAUCAACGGAUUGUCACAUCUGAUUCUUCUCUCGUUCCUAACAGGGCCGCCGUUCACUGCUCCCUUCAAUUCCCGGUCUUCACUUCUUCAUCCGCCGCAUGCAAAGCCCAGACUCGGAGCAUCUUGAAGAGAAGUGAAGAGAAGAGCUAAGAUCUAGAAGAGAACGGAAGAGAAGAGCGCGUCGGUGAUGCUAGCUUUGGCGGCGGUGGUGGCAGGAAUUACUCUUUUCUUCCUCUUCUAUUCUUCCUUUCUUUAGGGUUAGCAGCUAAGAGGGUUUAGAGUGUGUGUAUUGGGACUUGGGUGGGCUUGGCCUUGUUUAGGGAGUGUGUUUGGAUGGGCUUCGGCCUCUGAGGGUUGAGGGAAUGUGUAUGGGUGGGUUGGGAUGGCACAAAAGGGUUUGGCGGGCUUAAUAACAAUAUAUGUGGGUUGGGUUUAGUUUAUUCGGUUUUUUGGUUCGGGUUUCGAAACUCGGUUCGGUCGACCACACCCUGGUUUCCGAAAUAAUCAUAUUUCCUUUUCGAAUUUCGAACUGAACACCUUAAGUCCGGUUCGGUUCGGUUGUGACCGAUUUUGAUUCGGGUCGGUUUGGAUUUACCGAACCGCAUGCCCACCCCUACCCCAAACCCAUAAUUACAACAAAAAACCAUUUAGAAGAGAAACAAGCGUUGCCUUCCAUUCGCAAUCGUUCUUCCACAACACCCAUAAUAAGUGUGCUUUUUGUGGAUUAAGAGAAACUUAACUACACUUUUUUUGGGGAAUAUGGCUGGACGUGCCGCUUAUGGAGACAGUCCCAUAUGGCUGCUUGUUUCGAGAGGCAUCAAGGCAAGACGUGCAUGGAAUGGGUGCAACAAGUAUUCGAGGAUUUUGAAGAGAGUAUGGUGGAAGAUUGGUGCUCGCUGUUAUGGUACUUUUGGAACGAGCGAAAUGCUCAUUAUUUUAAUGGAGUGAAGCUCGAUGAGAUGGAGAUUGUACCCCGACCAGAUAUGGUUUUGCAGGACUAUCAACAACAUCAAAGGAGGGGUGAGGCAGUGGAGAGUGAAAGCAGCACGGUGGCCUGGCAAAAACCGGCGGCGGGAGUAGUCAAAAUCAGCACCGAUGCGGGAGUCUUUCCAAACGGGGGAGUGGCACUGGGAGCGGUUGGACGUGAACAGGAAAUGAAGUUCAUUUUUGCAGCACGCCCUCAAGACAAGAGGUAGUUGGGAACUUGAGACAACCGAGGCCCUUGCGGCGGAAUUUGGAUUGCUAGUGGCACGCCAGCUCUCUCUGCAGAAGACGGAGCUCGAGUCAGACUGUCAACCUUUCAUCCAUAAGUUGCAGUAGGUGGAAAACAUUGAGACCAAACUAGGAGUUUUGUGUCGCAAUGUGGGAGUCUAUUAGCAUAAAUGGGAGAAGGUACGUGGCAUCAUGUGAGAAGACAAGCGAAUAUGGCGGCACAUAUUAUGGCACACAGUGAGACGAACUGGGAAUCACCAGUUGUGUGGGUAGAUAAACCUCCAAUUUUUCUUGUUGGUCAGCUGAUACUGGACAAUGUAGUUGUUUCAUCGGAUUAAUAAGAUAAGCAGGUUUCC